AAAAUAGCCAGAGGUAUUUAUGCUAGACGAAUGUCGUUAUUCUGAAUGACCUGACUCUGGUCUCGGUUCACAAUGAGUAAUAGAGAACAUGGGAUAAUGUGCUGAAUGCUGUAGAGACGUCGAAAGCCGGGAUGAGAGUUGUAGUGCGGGUAGCUACGUAGGAUCGCGAUUCACAGGGUAGGCCGGCUGUCCUCUCCUGCCUGCCGCCACUCUUCCCCCUUUGCCUCCAUCCCCCAUCACUCCCCGCCUUCCCCGUUCUCGUCCAUUCUCCCGCUCGACAGUCAUCCAAUACCUUGUCAACCCACCCUCUCCUCGUCACUCGCAUCCUUCGACGCCACUACACUCCCUUCGGCGUCUCUUUUCGCUCCACACCGACUCACAGAAUCAACCGCAACCGGCUUUCGCGGAUGGCUCCCCGCGUCACCCUUCUCACCUCCACCAACGGCAACAGCACCGCAAGGACAUGGUCUACGCUUGAACAAAGCGGUUCUGGCGUCAGUGCUAAUGGCACGGACACCCAAAUGGACGUCGACGAGGUUGACGAACUAUCCGAAAUGGAUGAAGCGGACAGCCUCGAAGUCGACGAGCUCGACGAGUCAGACAGCGGCCCACAGGACUCCCAGCCACAAUGGGAGACAAUAUCCUCUGCUUCUGCUAGUGCCGCUCCUUCUCCGAAGGCCAGCGCGAAGAAGCCGCGCCCAAAGCCGCCCACCACUCGCCAACCUGGCCAGACAAUUGUACCCAUGUCUCGCAUAGAAGCUAUGGUCUCCACGGAUCUCUCUCAACACGGCACUCCGUCGAAAGAAGCCGCAUUCAUUAUCUCCCUGGCCACAGAGGAAUUCAUCCGGCGCUUGACCCGCGUUGCUCAUACCCGUUCCCGUCUCGACAAACGUAUGUUAACAACAUACAAUGACUUCGCGGAUUCUGCCCAUUAUUUUGAAGAGUACAAGUUCUUGCAAGAAAUCAUUCCGCGGCCGCUUUCCCCGAAGUCUGCCCUCGUGGAACGCAAGCGCAUCCUUGAAGAACAUGAUGCGCUCCUCAAUGGUCUCAACAUUGUCAGUCCCGACAGCAAGACUAAACCUGGACAGACAUCUGCAUCAACGUCGAAGGCUUCUACACCUGUACCCAAACUGACCAAAGCAAGAAGUGCGAGCAGCAGUGCUAACGGAAGGUCAUCAAAAUCAAAGAACGCUGGCACGGCAACAUCUGCACCGGUUGUACGGAGCCAAAGGCAGAAGAACAAGAAAGCACGUCUUGCUCAAGAAGCCGUAUCUUCAGCGGAACCUACCGCAGAUGUCAACUCGCCUGCCCCGUUACCUGCCCAGAAUGGGCAUGCAACUGGAGAUCCCAAUGGUGUUCAUGGUUCCAAUAACUCUAGCAGGAGUAGUAGCAUGAAAAUUAAGAUUUCUCUUCGACCGCCGUCCACUACUCCAACAGCAGUGCCUGUGGACGCAGUAUCUCAAAAUACAGUCCUUCCUCUUGGCCCGCCCUCGAGAGCCUCCUCCACGGGUACCCCGGAGCGACAGCAUUCUCAGCAGCUCAACGAGAGUACCGAUAAGCCGCUUCGGUUUGAAGAAGACGCAAAGUCUGGUACAGGGAGCAACAACCUCAAUGGAAAGACUGGCGGCGUUCAGUUCGCACCCGUCAAUGUCGAGACGACCGAUCAGCCCCUAUGGAACCGCGUACCUUUACCACCGCCGCCGUCAGCGAAAGUCACUACCUCCCUCGAAGUGCUGAAAAAUGGUACUAUGACUACCGACCUCGACACCGCUGUGGAGCAAGCACGGAAUGUCAGGGCAGCGAAACCACGGUCCGCGCGACAGGAUGCCAGCAACGGUCUUCCGCGAGAUGAGCAGAAGGUAGCUACGAACGGUGCCGAACUCGAAGAUUCUGCACCUCCGCCGAAGAGGGCUAGACAGCGGCGCCGCUCUGGAGAGUCGACAUCCAGCAAGGGAGGCCUACGCGAUGCGUUGAAUGGCACUAUACCAAAUCCUGGACGGACGAUAUACUCUCAGCGGUGAAGGGACGCUCCUGCUUGCUGAUAUCUGGGAUCGCAAAUAAGCGAGCAGGACUGCCCAUUUGGUGGAGGAGCCAAGACUUAAUUCAUGGUGAGCUUGUAACUCAACUUUGCCAGGCAGAAGACUGGGAUGAACGGAAUGUGCCCAUCCGAACGCUGGUCCUCGUAAAAGUACUUGUUUUAUUAUUUCUGUCCUUCUCAUCCCUUCCGUGUUUUAAAACGUCAUUUUGUUAGUUCCGACUUUCUCUGGUCAAAAGUGUGUAUGCACGCAUUGGUCAAAAGUUUGACAUCCAAAACUUCACGUUUCCUUCCGUUUCCACAUUCAGACAUACAGAGACACAUAUGCAUACAUACAUACAUUUGCACAUAUCAUUGCACUCACCCACCUCGAUUUCUACACUCUGCGUUUGUCCUAUGUUUCAAUUCCGCGAUACAGCUUGUUAUACACUGUGUAUUUCCACCUCCUUUCCCUCCUGUCACCGACUGGAAUGACGUUGCCGCUUACCUACCUAUCCUCCC